AGAGCUUAGACCCAUGCGUUGAUACAGAAAAUAGAGAUGCCUUGUUCCCUAAAGGUGGACUUCUUGACCCAGUUCGUUCUUCGUACGCGUUUUCUCCCGCUAUUUCCUUCUUCUCCUUUCAUAAAUUAGCCAUUUAAUGUAAGCCUAUAGAAAGGAAGUAGCCAAUCUUCCCGUCUUUGCUGCUGUAAAUCAAGAGAAGAAUGUAUGAAAUGGUUCAGGAGGAGCAUUAUGUAACAACCAUACUAGAGGAGGAUCAGGCCUUAAUCUGUUGGGGUUGUGGAUUGCGCCUUAUUCUUCCAUGUUAUACUCAUAUUUUCAAGUGUGGCUGGUGUGGGGCCGUAACAAACAAAAAUGCACGGAAACAUGAACAUCAGGGCUUUCAGUGGAGACGUUUGCGAGACCGGUGUUUUGUCUCUAUCCUUAUACUCUUCAUGCUGUUUGUCAUAUGUGGUGGAGCCUGGGCCAUUUACCCGGUUGUUUUCUCCAUGAGUUACUUCUGUGGAGUUUCCCACUCUAUCAUUACAUUGGUUUUAUCAACAAGUACUAUUUCUACUUUCAGCCUUGCGGCAUUUCGCUGUGCUGGGACUUCACCAAACAUACCUUGGGGUAGCUAUCCUGCUGUGGGCAAAGAUGACCUUGAGAACUAUACCUUUUGUCUUUAUUGCGCAAAGCCCAAGUCUCCACAAACUCAUCACUGUCGUUCGUGUGGGAUGUGUAUAUUGGACAUGGAUCACCACUGUCCAUUUAUUGGGAACUGUGUCGGUGCUGCAAAUCACCGUUACUUCAUUGCUUUUCUGUUCUCAGCAGUAAUCAGUACAGUGUAUGUUUCCAUAAUGUCUGCAUAUGUAGGGUUUCAUCUUUGGCCUCCAUUGGCAUACAGGACUCGUCAUAGUUUCUCAGGGUCCAGCACAGAUGUGGCUAUGAGACUGCUGAAGGAAAUUGUUAUUGCUUUCAUCGACUCUGCGGUAGUUCUAUCUGCGAGGGGGCUUAUCCUUGUUUAUCUCUUCAUUGCAAGUCUAUCCGUGGAGAUUGGGUUAAGUGUGCUUUUGUGGCAGCAGGUUUGUUUCAUUUAUGAAGGGAAAACUUAUUUGAGUCAGUUAAGUUCACAAGGAGAUACAGAUGUUGGAAAAAAGGGUUGCCAUAAUCUUUUUCGCUUUUUAGGUUACCCGUAUCCAGCUUCAAGAUACUUCCAGUUUUUGUUCAAUAACAAGAAGAUUCACAGUAAAUGAAGGGAGAUCCUCUGAUGACUGAACAACUAAAUAUUUUUGUUGUGAUUUUGUUUGUUUUCACUUAUCACACCAUGAAAUGGUUGUUAGAACCAAGCACUUGUAUGGUAGCUGUUGACAUGUAUAAUAAUGUAAAUUAGAGAAGAGAGAGAGAGAAUUGGACAUU